AUGAUGAGGGCCAACGGCAAGGACGACAAGAAGAAGAAAUGGGUUCCCAUGGCACCGGUUGGAAUCUUGGAAUGCAUUUCCGAGAUUGGAGGAGAAGAUGCACCUACGUGGUUGCAUCGUAUUGCCAAAAAGAUGGGGCGUAACACCUUUCGUUUGCCGCUUCCAAUGUCCCUCAAGGGAGGGUUUGUCGUGGGCAACGGGAAACUGGCAAGUGAGAUUCAUCGGGAUCCUGCAUCGGACAAACCAACAUGGCUCUACAAGCCUUUUACAGUACUGUGCCAUCGCCCAUUCUUUGGCAUCCGCUCAAGCUUUCACUCCUAUACUAGGUUAAUGCGAAAGAAUCUGGCCACGGCGUAUUCCAAGGCCGAAGUUGAACGUAUGGGUGCGGUGACGGACCGUCUGGCAGAGGAAUGGAUGACGGGGCGGCUUGCCCGACUUGCCGAGCAAGACGAAGCCUUUGACCCUGGCCAGGAAUUCAAUCGCAUUGCCUUCUUUUCCAUUUGCGAGUCGGGCUUUCAGUACACUCCUACGGAGGAGGAGUACCUUCAGUACAACGAAUACCUGAGUAUUGCUCUCAAGGAGUUUUUUCAACGCCAGAUGGUCAGUCCUUGGCGUGGUCUACUGGGGAAGCUGCUCCCCGAGGUCCGCAAGGCGCAUGAAAGCAUUCCCUUUAUCCACGAGUUUGCAGCCAAACUCUUGGAGAACUAUCGCCAGAACCCCAACAACAAGGCCACGGGCUGCAAGACCCUGAUCCAGGUGAUUGAUGAAGUGACGCCAGAUGACGAUGAUGACCUGAAAGUGGCAGAAAUCAUUGGUCAACUCAUUGCGGGCCACGAGACAACGGGGUACAGUAUUUCCAACAUGUCCAUUCUACUAACCAAGAACCCAAGUGUACAGGAAAAGCUCCGAAAGGAAAUGCAGCAGUCUGAUGCCAACCCCUACUACCAGCAUGUGAUUAAGGAAACCAUGAGAAUGGUUCCUGUCGCUGCCAUCACUUCAACUCGUUUGACAGGAAGAGAGUUUGUGUGUCCAGAUGAUGGAACCGUCAUUCCCAAGGGAGCUGUCUGUUUUCUCAACCAAUACGAAGCAGGUCGAGACCCAGUGGUAUACCCCAAUCCAGAAGAGUUUUCUCCGGAACGCUGGGAGGACCCCACGGAAGCUAUGAAGACGAACCACUUUCCGUUUUCGUCUGGAUAUCGCCAAUGUCCUGGUCAGAGGCUGGCCCUUGCCAACCUGAACCGGAUUCUUCCCCAAGUCUUGCGUUCGUACUCACUGGAAUUGGAGGAUGAGGGGCAUCUCAGCAACUUUGUGACGUACAAGUAUGUUGGAGCGAGGAUCAAAGCGAGGAAACUGGCAGAUGCGUAA